AUGUCGACCAGCCGAAAACCGCUUAUCCGGAAUAAUUCGCACGCAGAUAGACACACAAUGCGUAACUGGCCUCUUUUUGCAUUCUUGAUUGGACUUGUAUUGUUCUUUUAUAUUUUCUAUGUUUAUCAAGCUCAAAGCACUGCUUUAUCCAUGGCAAAUGAUGAAUUGAGAUCUUUAAACUCACAAUUGACACAGACUAAAAGCAAAUUAGUUGAUACUUUAUCUUCACUGGAAAGUGCAAAUACCGUUCAGAAAACGAUGGGCACUGAAUUAGAGGAUCUAAAAUUGAAAAAAGAUGAAUGCAGCGGAAAUUUGAGAAGUUCGAAGUUAAGGCUCGACACCCUUGAGAAAGAAAAUAAGGAAAAGGCCGAGUCAAACACGAAAAUGGAAUCAGAACUUUCAACGUUAAGAGAAAAAUCGGAAGAAUUAGUCCGAAAUAACACGGCUCUUGCGAAAAUGAUUGCAGCUCAAGAAGUUCUUAUUCAACAACUUAAUCAAACCGUUACAUUGCUCCAAUUUGAGACGAGUAAGUUGAGAGUGACAUCAGAGCAAACUUCAGCGAAGGAAGCGCCGGCUGAAGAAAAGAAGGAAGAGGAGAAAAAACCGAAAGCGGAUGAGCCGCACACAACUCCGCUUGUUUUGGCUGCGAGACCGGAUUUGAAUUCAUCGUCGACAUCCACUUCUGAGCCGACCGUAAAUGCCGAAGACGCUGCUGAUAUUGAUUCGCCUCAAGGAGCCGCAGACGCCCCAGUUUAA